AAAGUGUCAUUUUGCUUGAAUUUGCUAGCGUUCGCGUUGCGUCUGAAAAAAAAUGCCUCUUUAAUUUCUAAAUGCGCAUUGGAGAAUUACGUUCAAGUGAUCAAAGAGUGAAUAAUAAAGUAAUAGUUGCAAAAUGGUGAAACUAACAACAGAAUUGAUUCAAAAUUCCAUGCAAUACAUGAACCCUUGCAGGGAUCGUGAAUUGGAUUUGAGAGGCUACAAAAUACCUCAAAUCGAAAACAUGGGUGCCACCUUGGACCAGUUUGAUACUAUAGAUUUGUCAGAUAACGAUAUCAGAAAACUUGAUGGAUUCCCCCUUUUGAAAAGACUUAAAUGUUUACUACUUAAUAAUAACAGAAUAGUUCGACUUGGUGAAAAUUUGGAGCAGUAUUUACCAAAUUUGGAUUCUCUCAUAUUGACCAAUAACAAUAUCACAGAGCUCGGUGAUUUAGACCCUCUUGCAACCAUCCCGAAGCUAAAAACACUAUCAUUGAUGCACAAUCCUGUUGCAAAUAAACAGCAUUACAGAGCAUACAUUGCCUAUAAGUUGCCCGAGUUAAGACUACUAGACUUCAGAAAAAUUAAGCAGAAGGAAAGGGAUGAAGCGAUGGUGCUAUUCAAAAGUAAAAAAGGAAAAGAAAUGCAGAAAGAGAUUACGCGCAAAGCCAAGACGUUUGUGCCUGGUGGGAACAUGCCUGACCCUAAACUGAGUAACUUAACUCCCCAAGAAAUACACAAAAUCAGAGAAGCCAUCAAAAACGCGUCAUCGCUGCAAGAAGUGGAAAGGUUGACACGGAUGCUGCAGUCUGGCCAGAUACCUGGACAAAAACCUAUCCAACCGCAAUCACAAGCCAAUGGGCAACAAGAGGAAGACGAAGAGAUGGAGACAGACCAGACAAAUGGCCAGUGAAGUUGCAAUUUUGCGAAAGAAAUAGAUACUACUGGUGUUUUUACAUUUAAUUAUUAUUAAGCUGGGGAGAUCAGAACUCUAAAGAACUACUUCAGAAUAUUAUGCUCUGAGAAUCAGAUACUACACAACUUAUGUUAAGGACAGAAACUACAUGGGUAUUUAUAAGUUAUAAAUGUGAAUUGAUUUACGUCAAUAAAUAUUCCUACUUAUACUUUACAGCAUUCAUCCCAAGGAGCGUGUGUCAUCAAAAUAAAACAAAUUAUUUUGCA